CUACUGCAGGGGAACAGGGCAGGCAUGCAUCAGAUCCUUUCCUUCUCGCAGCCUGGUUGUUCUGGAGAGGGCCCCUGAUGUUUUUUUCUCUCGAGAAAUAGCUUCAUCGCACCUUUGAGAACGAACGUAUUCAGGUGAGGCCAGAGCUCACCCGCCAGCUGAGCGCCUGCACUCAUUCAUUCAUCUGCUGUGGACGUGUGGUGUGUGCAGAUGGCUGGCACGACCGGCACAUCGUUUCGCCGACCAACCAACGUCAAGUGCCAGGUGGCUGAUGGUGGAUUGAUGGACAUGGAUAACGCUGACGGCCCGGCCGCCGCUGCAGCUGCAGGUCACACCCGCCACCGUUGCACGCACACCGGAUGGGAUGUGGGUGUGUGGUGUGGUGUUGCUGGUGCGUGUUGUGCAGGUGUGCAGGGCGGCGCGGCGAAUGGCACUGUUAGCUUGCGUGACGUCAUAGAUCAGCUCGACUCGGUGAGGAAGGGAGGGAGAGAGGACGUUUCGCCACACACGGUGCAUUGCUCCGUUCUGCUCUGCUCUGCAGAUGACAUCUCAGAUGGUCGCGUGCACAGAGGCGGCGAAACUCAGGGCCUCACACCUCGAUGACAAUACAGAGGUCACCACGGGAAGAGAAAACAGAAAUUCAUUGAACCGCGCAUCAGCACUCAUUGGGUGUGUUUCUCUGUCUGCAGGAUCGUGGCCGGCUGGCGGAUGCGCUCAAGACCUUCACCGACGCCCACUCCACGCUUCGCAACGAGCUGACGCACAUCCUCACCGAGAGACUCGUAAGGCCGGCAUAAACGCCACAAUAGCUCUCAAAAGCGGAUGAGUCCAUCCCUCUCUCUGUUGUCGUGUGUGUGUAUGAGGUCAGACAUUGCCUGCGCCUCGUUACAAGGUCGGCACUCGUGUGUCGGUGGCGGUCGAGGAAAGGAGGGGCGACUCUGUGUGGGUGACGGCCGCUGUGUACGACGGAGGAGACCAAUGGCGGCACUGUGGUGUUCAUGCGGGAGGUGGAGGGGAGGGAGGAGGAGCUCAAGCCGGUCACCGUACCGCACCGGACCAAGCCACCACCCCAUCACAACCAAGACCUAGUAGGCAAAUACACGACAGUCACACGUGCGUUGGACCUCCAGUGCGGAUGCCUCACUCUCUCUCUCUCUCUCUCUCUGUGUGUGUGUGUGUGUGUGUGUGUGUCCACGUCAGCGAAUGGGCGGCAAGACGUUUUCGUGGAAGGGCAAGAGUUCGGCUGGGACCACCACCAAAACACAGGAGUCCACACCGGUACGCACGGACAAACAUGCAAUCAAUGCACACAGAUGGACCAGCUCAUGAACAUGGCAUUUUUGCUGUUUGAGUUGUCUCCAUCCAGGUGGUGGCUGCUGGUGGCGAGGGCGAGGGCAAGCGUAGACGUGUAGCUUUCGAACCGGCUGCUGCUGCUGCUGCUGCAUCUUCCCCAUCGCAGGCCGGGAGGCGUUUGCCGCGUGAGGGCCUCAUUCUCAUCUCGGGCUAUGGCGUGUGGCCGCUCUUCAACAACAGCAUCGCCAAGGAGGCCGGGGCUCAGUGCCGCCAGCUCGACAUCGACUGCUCCCGAGCCGCCGACAGGGCCUUCUGGCAGGCGAUGCCCGUCAACGUGGCCAAGAGGUGGGGCGGCCGCAUGCCCAAACUCAUGCGCAUCUGGUGCUGUCACCCGGCCGGCGAGGGCGCCUGGUGUCUGGACGUCAUCACGGCGCUCAUCGAGGGCCACACAGAGGGCCGCACAGCCAUGGUCGCGGAGAAGAGAACGGAGGCAGAGAAACGGGGAGAGGCGGCCGACAUCCCCGACGGCUCACUCACGACAAUCGCCUUCGAGGCGGCUGAGCUCAGCGACGAGGACAUGCCGUCCGUCGGGUGCAUCAACCCCAUCCUCCCCCCUGUGUCUGCCCGGCCCCCCUCCCUCCCCGCCCUCACAUCCAUCAGCGGCCUCACUGCCCACCAUCGUGGCAUCGGCAGCCGCGGCUGGCGGCGCCCCGUCGCUGGAGCGGGUGCAGGCGCACGAGCACGUCGACACGCUGGGGCCACUCGUCGGCUCGUCGCGGUGCCUGAGGGUGUUCGACGUGCCCUCGACGGUUGAGCAGAAGAGGGCGGUGCUGGAGCGGGUGCCCGUUGCUGCAGAGGAGGGACAGCCGCGGCCGCUGGCGAACUUGGAGGAUAUCGGGCCGAUUGUGUCCCCCGACAACCUGAUGACGAAUCUAGAGGCGUUGACGGUCUGGCGCACUCGAUUGCAGGUCAGCAGGCUUGUUUACACGGAAUGGACAACAGAUGCAAUGAUACUGACCUAUGUCAUUUCCUUCCUUAGAUGCUGAGGUCGGUCCUCGUGUCACGAGGCUGUCGUCGGUCCCUCAAGUCGCUGAAGGUCAAGUUCAUCGACCGGGCGGUUGUGGGCCACGAGGUCUUCGAGCUCGCCGUGGCCAUCCGGACAUUCGCCUGUGGGCGGACAUUCGCCAGUGCGGUGUGCAUCGGGGACGUGCCCAUCAGCUUCACCGGUGCGGCCCCGCGGUUUCCCCUGAGCCAUUUGUACAACCCCCUCUCCCCCGCUGCACCCUCCCCCGUCCUCAAGACCCUCAUGCGCCAGCUGGCAGACCAGGCGACACAGGUGACAGUGGACCUGAGGUGGUCCGACCUCGCCAUCCCUCCCACAGCUCCGGUGCUCAACAUGGCCAGAGGCCUCGCAUUCAACAAGGCUACGGAGGUGUUUGUGUUUGGUGUCGACCAGCCUGCACAGCCCGUCCCCACCCACCCUGCCCUCGCCAUCAUCGAGCAGAUCCAGCCGAUGCCGCAGGCGUCGUCCCUGGUUCUCCACACGCACACGGCAUUAGCGGCCGGCACCCAGCUGGCCAGCAAGAUGCCCAACUUGCGGGUGCUGUCCGUCCAGGGCAGUGUGCCGAUGGAACAGGCGCUGCAGGCCAUCAAGGCCGUCGGUUGUGAGCGGGAGCUCGACAUGGCGGCCGUGAGUGACACUCGGGGGGUGGGCAGCGGGGGCAUCGACAUAGGGGAGCAUAGAGAGGGAUUCCCGCACAUCAGCAAAGUAGUUGUCGAACUCACAGGUGGGUGGAUUGGAGGGUAGACAGCCCCACGGAGAGGGAAAGAAAGAGACACCGAGAGAGACCUGUAUGUGAAUCUGUGUCUGUGUUUGUGCUUGUCCGUGCGUCUGUGUCCAACUCAUCAGUUCCUGGUGGCGUCACCCACUUUGUCGAGUUCGCCUGUUCGAGUGUGAGAUCCCUGCUGCAGCUCAACUGCAAGACGGUGGUCCUCCGGCUGCUGGGCCUGGACAGCGGCACACGCAGCCUGCUCGAGUCUGCCGUGCCUGCACAACUUGGCAGCAUCGAGGGCACGACAAUUUUGCAGGAGAGGGACACGUGGUCACCGUCCGACGGUGAUAGUCUCAGGAUCGCUGCCAAGCAUGACAGUGGGUAGCUACGGGUGUGUAGCGGCGUAUGGGAAUGGGCCAGCAUUGAUAUCUGUGUACAGGGUCCAUAGAUGGUGGGAGACGUUGGUCGGCGUGCAGAAGCCCAGCUAGCUUCAUCCCUGAUCCUUGAGCUUGACUGUGUUGUGUGUGUUGGCGGCUGUUUGCCAGACGGGACAUAAUGGUGGAUUGUAGCAUAGCACACAGCACAGACAGUGGGGGCGUUGUCUGUCUUGUGGGCUGGUGACAUUCAUGUGCAGCUGCGUGCCUGCCUGCCUGCUUCAAUACGUGUUGAUGAGU